AGCGAUGGCUGCAAACCUGGAGCAGAGGUAUGAUUGUAUUUUAUCAUUUAAAAUAUAUUUACAAAAAAUUCAAUUGCAUGGAGACAAAAGUGUAUGUCCAAAUACUUUCAAAAAUCUGUUUUGGAAUAAUCCAAAAUUUCUAAAUUUCUCUCCUACCUAGUAUCUGUAUCACACACUUCAGUUAUUAGCAUUUACACUGAUGGCUCUGCUCAUUAUGAGGCUGAAACUGUUUUGGACUCCACAUCUUUGUUUGUAUUCAUCUUUAUUAGCAUCUCGUCAGGUAGGUCAACCCAAUAACAGUUUAGUCUUGUGCAUAUUUAUUUCUUAUAAUUAGCAGUUAAGAAUCUAUAUAUAAGUAUAGGGCUACCAAGUAUAGCAUAAAUAAAAGCAUAAAUACUGGAUUUGUUUUAAUUCUUUAUACAGUUCUACAUCGUAUUUAGGAUAUAUUUAAGUGUCCAUGUCUUUCACAGGAUCUAGAGGACCGAAGUCCUAAUUCUCUCUUCCUCAUCCCUCCCAAAUAAAAUAAAUAUAUAUAAUCUAUAUCUACUUACAUGAAAUAAAAUACAUUUAAAUUACAGCUUUAAAAAAUCUAGGUUGGUACUUUGAUGAUUAUAACUAUAAAAAAAUGCACAUGAUGCCAUAAUUAAUUUUCCUUUGCUUGGCUAGAUAUUUCCAUUAGGAAAGAAGGAGACACACAUGAUGGUUUUAGCUGCUCUAUUAGCCUGCAUGGCUUUUACUGGUUUCUCUAAUUUACAAGUACAAUUAAGUAGAUUAGGAGAAUUCAGUAACCUCCCACAAGAAGAACUUGUUGAAUGGAUAAAAGCAAAAACACCAGAAGGUAAGUAAGAUCAAUUGAUAAUUUUUUAAAUAAUUUAUAGUGAAACAUCUAAUUAAUAAAAGUGUGCUUGAAAGUGUUUUGUUUUUUUAAUUUACAGUGCAGUUGGAUUAGUUUUUAUUGAAUUUACACAAUAAUUACAGUAGAACCGGGUUAUGUCGAUGGCCUAGGGGUUUGCUAAAAAGCGUCGAGAUGACCAAUGAUCGAGAUAAACGAAAACGAAUAUGGCAGCAAUAUAUUAACAUGUGCUUGAAAUUUCUUUAUGUACAUGAUGUGCACUAAUAAUUGAGAAUGAGUCUAAUACACUAAAUAAAACCUAAAUUUUAGGCUUUGCCCAAUUUAUUAAUUUAAGUCAAUAAUAAAUAACUGGCUAUAGGGCCUAAGCCUAAUAUGGUUUAGGCCUAGACUAGGUCUAGGUUACUUUAUAUUAGAUUUAGACUGACUGAUUAGACAGUAUCCUGUAUAUGAUUAGAAUAUUUAUAUUAUAAAUAAUUUAUUUGGGAAGUACUCAUUUUAGUCUUAGUUUUAGGACAGCCAUAGGGGGCGCGGUGGUCUAAGUGAUAGUGCGCUGCGCUGCGGUACCAAGACUUCAAAAUAAAUUUCAAUCAGUCACGGGUUCGAAUCCUGGUGUUGGCACCCCUACGGCUAGUAGAAGGAAACUCCGACUUCAAAAAUCCUCCGCUGCCUUGCGGCUAUACCCUUCGGGAAAGGCUAAGGGAGUAAACCCCGACAGAAAAUCAGGAAAUGGAGCACCUACAGGCGGUCUAUACAUAAAACCCCUAUGUACAUACCGGCAGCUCCUGCGACGCCAAUGGCAGCCAAGCCGCAUCGACGCACCAUUGACGUGGAGAGGGUGGAUAUGCUGUAUGGGCAGCAGCUAAUUCUCCAUAAUACCCGCCCAGGCUUGCAUCACCUCUGGAGAGGACACUCCAGCGUCGCCGCAAGGUGUCGACAAAACACGGGAAGCAGCAGUUACCGGUUAUAAGCCAAAAGUUCAAUUGACGUAGAGCUAGGCGCCAGGGGCUGCUUCCAACGGUGGGAGAGACUAUCCCGUCAUGGCCUGCCUUCUCCACUGGGUGCGUGGAGAUUAGAGUACCACUCAACAAGUGGGCCACUAAGCCCUGCACCAAGAAACACAAAAAAGAACGUGAGGACUAUGUGUCCCGGCAUCACUGAUGAGUAGGGUUAAACCCUCUACAGCUACAACAGUACGGAGAGGAUCCUCACGCUAAGACUCAGAACAGCUGCGGGCCCAGCAAACAUUCUUAGUGUAUAUGCCCCAACUCUCUGUUCAACUCCGGGACCAGAGAAGGACCAGUUCUAUGGAGCUUUAGACCAGGUAAUAGCCAGCAUCCACAAAGACGAGGCAAUCUACCUCCUGUGCUUUUGUGAGAUUUUUUGCCAAAGGCCUGUAUUGCGGAUGUAUAGAUUGUGUCUCUGAGAUGCGUCCAUUUUGAGUCAAUGGUGACGCAUGGGGACAUCCUUGAGAUACCUUCCUUCACCUUGUCUGUGAACAGCUGCGUUAGUUGUAGGAAAGGCCUUUGCCCGUGUCAUACUAACACGUUUACAGAGUCUAGCAUCCCGUGUCUAUCCAGAAUCUCAGUGCGGUCUCCGAUCUGGGCGGUCUACCAUAGACAUGGUGUUCUCCAUAUGACAGCUCCAGGAAAAAUGCAGAGAGCAGCAGAUGCCACUGUACAUUGCCUUUGUGGACCUUACAAAAGCCUUUGAUUGAUUACGUCAGUCGCAACGGGCUAUUCAAAAUACUGGCAAAAAUCGGCUGUCCCCCUCACCUACUUGCCAUCAUCAGAGAGUUCCAUGAAAAUAUGCAGGGUACAGUGCAGUUCGAUGGAGCCAAGUCAGAAGCCUUUCCAGUCAGCAGCGGAGUUAAACAAGGUUGUGUACUCGCACCAACACUGUUCGCAAUAUUCUUCUCUGUACUACUUCAAUACGCAUUCAAGGAUAGCAGUGAGGGAAUCUGGUUACACACCAGAGCUGAUGGAGGACUUUUCAACACUGCCCGCCUCCGAGCCAAGACCAAAACGACAGAUGUCCUAAUUCGCGAGCUACUAUUUGCGGAUGAUGCGGCACUAACAGCACACACAGAAAUUGGUUUGCAACAACUCGUGUCAAGCUUCUCCAAUGCCUGCAAAGAAUUUGGUCUGCAAAUCAGCUUGAAAAAGACAAACAUCAUGGCCCAAGACACUCGACCUCCACCUAACAUAAAAAUCGAUAACGAAAACUUGGAGGUUGUGGACAGCUUCACCAACUUGGGGUCCAAAGUCUCCAACACACUGUCCAUUGAAGAAGAAAUUAACAGCAGAAUCGGCAAGGCAGCUGCCACAAUGGCUAAACUAAAUAAACGGGUCUGGCAAAACACCAAGCUAACGGAGAAAACCAAACUGUGCGUCUAUCGAGCUUGUGUCAUCAGUACACUACUAUACGGGAGCGAGACAUGGACCACCUAUACAUCCCAAGAGCGCAAGCUUAAUAGCUUCCAUAUGAGAUGCCUGCGUCGCAUCCUUGGUAUUAAAUGGCAAGAAAAAGUGACUAAUAGUGAGGUCCUAAUGCGUGCGAAUACCAAAAGCAUGUUCACAAUCCUUAGUGAAAGACGCCUGAGAUGGCUAGGUCAUGUUAAAAGAAUGAGCCCCGGCCGCAUUCCGAAAGACCUCCUAUAUGGUGAACUUGCUGCUGGAAAGAGGAAAACAGGUCGCCCACGUCUGCGAUUUAAAGAUGUCUGUCAAAGGGACAUGAAAGCAGCCAAAAUGCAUACAAGUGACUGGGAGUGUAAGGCAAAAGACCGAUCUACGUGGCGCACAGUUGUCAAAGAGGGCGUCAUGGUAGCCGAGGAGCGAAGAAUGGAAGAGACUGCAGACAGAAGAGCUAGGAGAAAGGCCAAAACAUUUGGAAGCACAGAACUCGUGUGUAAAAACUGUAGUAAAGACUGUCACUCAAGGAUAGGACUGCAUAGCCACUCGAGAAAAUGCAACCCAACCCAACGGUGAUGCACCAUCGUCUCACGAGACGGAAGGAUGCCGAUAAUGAUAAUAAUACUUAGGCCCAUACUUAGUAGAGCUACUUUCUAUUAACGAAUGUUAUAAAAAUGUCAGUUACAUUAAAAAAAAUAGAUCUGUAAUAUUAGUUCCUUCACAUAGCAGGGUGCACCGAUAAAUUUUCCGGAUGCGUGAAACGGCCCAAAAACCUGUGAUCAGUCUAUGCCGGUAGGUCACAGGAUCAUAUGGAGAUCUAGUUUCCUUUGUCUAUGUAAUGGAGGGACAAUGAACUUAUUAUAGUCUGUUUUGUGCACACGAGGAGGACAAUCAUUACAACAUAAACUGAGGGAUUCUUUCACUCCUGUAUUGUGAGAAAUAAAUAAUUAUUUUUAAUUAUGCAAAACUUGUUUAUUUGUUGUUUGCUAUUUCUUCUUGCGGAGUUCAAAAGCCGGUGUUCGGUCAGGGGAUCGUGAUAACGGAUGUAAAGUGGCAAAUGUGGCUACCUUUUGUGCUUGAGAUAUCAGGGUUCGGCAACAUUAAAGAAUCGAAAUAACCAAGGAGAAAAUGCUAAGACAAAGAGAGAAUUUGGCGGUUCCACAAAAAAUUCGACAUAACAUGGUUGGCGAGUUAACCAAGGUUGAGAUAAGCUGGUUCGAUUGUAUUCAUUCUACUUCUGUUGGCUUUUACUGGAGAGGCGUCUCGUGGUGAUCUGGCGCAAGGUGUGAGGCCUGCUGAAGAUUUAUCUCGGAGACACUGAGGCUAUCUUUGACACUAUAAUCUACUGCUGGCUGGGUCAUAUCUGGCCUUGAAACCAGAGUAACCAAAUCAAUUAAUUUACUAGUAGGCGAUAUACUGUCUGAUUGGUAUGGGAAUAAAUAGUGGAACAAGAUGGGGUUCGGCUUGAUACGAAAAUACAGGACAAUUAAAUGGCACCAACCAUUGGUCUUAUUUCCUGGUUUUUGAAUGUGGUUCCUUCUCAUUUUGCCAGCUGUUGUAACUUAGGUGUCUAAGUAUGCUACUGGGGUAUUUGAUAGCUGUCUGCAUUUGUCCUCUGCACUCUUGAUUCUUUCUCUUUGUCCAUCUUUUUACUGAGAAGACCUCAGUUUUAUCUGUACUGAUUUUCAUCCUAUAAAGUUUGCAGUUACUGUUAAAGGCUAUUAACAUGACUCUGCAGGUGUUCCUUAUUGUCAUUCAAGAUGCAUUGCUUAGCACAAAAAUUAAUUUGUUUAGUGCCUUGUGAUUCAGAUUCGCAUCCUAUGUGAUUUUGUUCAUGAAAGUGAUGAACACAGGCCUCCCUGACUCCUGAUUUUUUUUUGUCUCAAUUCACUGGGAGAGUCCAUUUGGGCUUAGACUGCUUGUAUAGAGUGCCCUGAUACUAUUGUGAGGCUGUCCAUUCAUUCCAUACCUCCCAGAGAUUAUUUCUGUCCACCCUGUUGAAUGCUUUUUCCUGGUGAAUAAAAACUAGAUGAACCUGUCAUUGAUAUUCAUAUGCUUUUUCAAACAAUUGCUGAACUGGACAUUGCUAAGAAGUGGGUCACCCAUAGCUUGUGUCAGGUUCUCCAGGAUCUUCACAAAUAUCUUACCCGUAUGAUUAAGGAGAGAGAUGUCUCUUUAUAUUUGAAGCCUUUUUCUUUCCAUUUCUUUUUCCAUAUGGGGACCAGGACAGCUUUCUAUGGUUAUUCAUUACACAAUUGAAAAAAAGUACUGAUAAUACCAACAUAAAUUUUGUUCCAUUUUCAUAAACCAGCCAUGAAAAUCCCUUAUUUGGUAUUAAUAACUUCGAAAGGUCUUAUGUAUCUUGUGAUUAAAAUGAUUCAUCAUUCAACACAAGAUACAUAUUUUUAGUCUUUUCCCAGUGCUCUUAAAUGUACACCAUAAUCAAAUUAAAAUGUCUCAUCAUGUAAUUUAUAAAUUUUAUUAUGAUGUACAUUUUAGAGCACUGGGAAAAGACUAAAAAUAUCUUAGCAGUCUGUUGUUACACUUACACUGAUAGCAUCACUGUAAAUAAAUAAACUUCUGUAUUAUCCAUCCCUGUGGCACUACAGCCCAUGUACAGCUUUGGCAUGUCUUACUACUCCCUUUCACUGAUGAUUUUCUUUUCCACACUUGGAUUCCCAGUUGUUGUACAUCUAUUUCCACAUCUUCCACCCAUCUAAGCCUAGGUCUGCCUUUGAGCCGUUUUCCUUUGGGGUUUUGGUGAUCCACCCUCUUCACUCCUCUGUCAUUUGGCAUUCUCUCUGUGUCCCCCCCAGCGUAGCCUGCCCUUUUUUUUUAUUUCUGCUACUAUCGUGGGAUCCUGAUAUAGACUGUACAAUUCAUGGUUGGUUCAUAUUCUCCAUCCAUAUUCAUCCUUUGUUUGUCCAUAUAUUUUCCUGAGAACUUUCCUCUCCCAUAUGUUUGAUAGGCUUUCUGUCAUUUUUUGUUAGGGUCUACGUUUCACUUGCAUAUGUUACAACCGGUCUGAUUACAGUUUUAUAAAUAGUUUUUUGUGUGUUUCUCUUGUAAUGUUUUUAUUUUUGAGUAUUUUCUGUUUCCGGCUGAUAUUCUUUCUUUUAUUUCUGUUAGUAAUUCAUUUAUUUCAUUUAAAAAAGAUCCUAGGUAUUUGAAUUGAUUUCUUUUUCAAAAGUCUGGUUUCUAAUUUUGAUUGCUUCAUCCGUCUGUUCUUCUCUUAUCAUAGUCAUGUAUUUUGUUUUUUGGUUGCUAACUUCCAGCCCUGCUUGUAGUGAGAUAUUAUACAUUGGUAAAAUAUUCAAUGACACAUUUUUGCAAAUAAAGUUCAUAUUUUAAAGGUCAGACAACUUCCUUGUCUCUGUUUUAAAAAGUUUUAUUUUUAAAAACACAAAAAGGUGUCAUAAAUUAAAAUGAGUUGUUUCUUGUAUUCACUCUUUUUACUUAGAUGCAGUCUUUGCAGGGGCAAUGCCUACUAUGGCUACAGUAAAGCUUACAACAUUACGACCAAUAGUCAAUCAUCCUCACUAUGAAGAUAUUGGCCUUAGGUAAAACAAUUUUCUCAUCAUCUUUCUUUGUAUUACCGUAAUUUUCACAAAUUUAAAAAAAAAAAUAUAAUGCAGAGCCACAGACAAAAUAUGGUAAGACAUUACUAAGUAUAUAUUAAAUGUAAUGAAAUAAUUUUUUACAGAGAACGUACCAAACUUGUGUAUAGCAUUUAUAGUCGCAAACCUUUGCAAGAAGUAAAAGCUAACCUCGACAAGUUGGGAGUUAAGUUUAUAAUUUUGGAAGAUCCCUGGUGCUCACAAAGGUCAAAGUGAGUAAACAAAAUUUAAAAAAUUAGUAACUUUAUAAAAUAAUUUUAUUGAAGAGCUUUUUCACCACCAUUUACAAAUUUAAAAGAGAAAGUCGAACAGCAGACAAAGCUCCAUCUGAGCUGCUGUUAAAAAAUCCUUCACAUCUCAGUGGACAAAUAUGGCUAAGGCUAAGAGGGGAGUUCAUAAAAUCUGUAGGUAGCAUACAAUCCUUGUUAAGUACUGUUGAUAGUAGGUUUUUUAAAAAUAAAUUUUUCUCUGAUCUGGCAAGAGGAACCAAAGUUUACCCAUUAAACAUAUUAAAUCAUGGUGGUUUUUAAUUAAAGAAAAAAAUAAAGUACUGGGUAAAUGUUAUCAUUGUGAGAAGGUCUUCCUAAAAGCAAACUUUGACCUUUUUGUCAUUUUUCAACACUAAAGAAGUGUUAUUUUUUUAAGGUAAUUUAAAAAAAUAUAUAUUAUUAAUUAUUUUCAUUGUGCAGGCAAGGAUGUUCACUGCCAGAAAUCUGGGACAUUGAAGACAUUGAGAACAGAGGAAAACAAGCAGCAUGCCACAAAAUCAAGAAAAAUCCACAACCAUUUUUCAAGCCAGUUUUCAGGAAUCAAGGAUAUCAUGUGUAUCAGUUAGUGAGGUCAUAAAUAAUGUGUUGGAUAAGUGUUCAUCUUUAAGCCUACUUUCUUCUUUUCUGAAAUGGUUUUAUAAACAGUUUUAUAUAUUGUUCAACAGAUGUCCCUUGCGCCAAUAUUUUUCUGUUAAUAUCCUAAAGGAGGCACAUGAACAGCUGAUAACAACUUGACAUCAAAGUCAGCAAAGAAAGAGCUUGACAUGAAGCUUAAAGUGAUAAUUUUGCAUUUAACAAUCUUUCUCUACUUUAAAAAAACAAUCAUAAUAGAGUAUUGGCAACACACAUUGUUUAAAAAAGAAAUAAGAUAUAUUUUUAAGGGGCCCUCUAUAAUUGGUGUCACCCUACCUUGGAACACCCCCCUCCCUCUUUAUGAUCACACAGUUUAGACACCCUCAUAAUACAUCAUCAAAACUUUCUCUUCUUCCUCCCCCCCCCCCAAUGUGUGAAAUGGCCCCCAACUGCAAAAAUGUUAUCUACCUUGGAACACCCCCCUCCCUCUUUAUGAUCACACAGUUUAGACACCCUCAUAAUACAUCAUCAAAACUUUCUCUUCUUCCUCCCCCCCCCCCCAAUGUGUGAAAUGGCCCCUAACUGCAAAAAUGUUAAAAUGCCCACAAAAAUCUCAUGUUAAAUAAUUAUACAUUUAUCAUCCGUGCUCUUUUUAAAUCCUGUAUAUUAACUUCACUUUUUUUGUGGGUGGUAAAAUCUUCGGACUGCUAAUUGGCCCACUUCCUGUCAAGCUAUCGAGCUGAACUUGGCACAUAGACUUGUUGCUGAUGACAAGACGUUCUUUCAAAUUUUCAGCCCCCCCCCCUACCUUUUCAAGGAGAAGAUUAAAUGAUUGCAUUUAUUGAUUACAUUUUAUAAAGAAUUUUUACGAAAAACUUUUUUUUAAGGGUUACUUUAAUAAUGUAUUAAUUGAACUGGUUGUAAAGGUCGCAGUUUGUAAGCAACAGAUUGUUACUUUAAUCUGAAUUACAUGUUUUACUUCUUGAACAUCUGGCAUUUGGAUUAUAUGACAAAAAUUAAAUUCUUCCAUCUCUUUGUUUUAUUCUUGCUGAGAGGCAGCAAACUUUAAUUAAAACGUACUUUAACUUUUUAAGAUCAGUGUUCUUUCUACGGAGUUUGCAUGCCACUAUAAGCUUGCCAUAUUCCAAUAUAUUUCUUUCCUUUUAUCAACUUCCUUCUGCCUAAUUUUCUGGUCUCUAGCAUUGAUCUGUACCAGACUUCAAUGCUUGUAAUAGUUUUAAUCGUUCCAAAAAACAAACAAAAAAACCCCCUAUUUUUGAGUAGAAAAAACAAAGUAUUUUAACUCUAAUUUUAAUGUGAAGUGGCAUAGAUCUCACGACAACGCAUUGUAAGCCAUUUGAAGUAAUUUAUAUCAUGACUUUUAUGUCCUCAAUUUAGAGGAAAAACAACAUUACAUGAAUCCUGGUCAUAGAAUAUUUAAACCCUCAAAAAUACUUGCAAUGUUACAGAAAAAAGUUAAUAUAUGUAAUCUCAAG